CGGUUUAUAUCUACCUUGUCGGCGGCCAUAUUGUACUUCCGUUCUUCAAGGGUAUCAGAAGACACUGAGCAAGCCAACAUGUAUCGGUUCGCAAAAGCUGCUGCUAUCCUCAGUGGGCAGGCGGUGCGGCAGGUGGGACAGGUGAGGCAUGAAUCAUCUAACCUACGGGAAUUCCACGCCAAAUACGGCUCUGGCAUUUUGAUCAGCGGAGUGGUCUUCUGCACCUCCAUCUGGAGCUAUGUGAUUACUCAAUCUGGCAUUACCUGGGGUCUUUCUCCAGUCAACAAGCUCCAACCCAAACCGUGGAGGGAGGCUGAGGAGUAAAGAGCCUGAAACCUUCUGAUUGUACAGAUGAAUAACAGUGUGUUCAGUCAGUGAAUUACUGUGUUUAUUCAAACAUCCGUUGUUCAAAUAAAUUGUGAUUCUAUUGA